AUGAUCGUCAUCAGCAGCGCUAUUAGUAACAACAGACUCGCCGUUUCGAGUUCAUCGCUUAAUAACAGAAGGAAGAUGAAUAUUGUUUCGAGAGGCACCGUCACAACGAUGGAAGUAAAUAAAGGAAGCCGUUCAACUAAAAACGUUUCACCGCGGGUAGAAUCGAACCCCGUGGCAAGAAAGCGGCGAAUGGACGAGCUGCCAUUAUCUAAAAUUCCGAAAGCACCUCGAAGAGACUCGAAAGAUGAUGAAUGUACUGUGUCGUCUAACUCAGUGUCUUUAAAAGAGUUGACCGGUACAUCAUCUACCGAUAUGCUGACAGACUCGCGUUGCGCUGUAAAUAAUCGAGAGAUUUCUUCAUCCGCGAUUACUACUGUUGAUGAUGAUGAUGAUGAUGAUGAUGAUGAAGAAAAUUUACAAAAAGACAGUAGAGAUUCGAUAAUUGUUAAGAAUAAGCCACCCAUACAUCCAGAUAUACCUCACAAACGAUUAAUAAGUGUUAAUCGUCGAGAUGAUUCAACUAGGCUUAGAAAAACAAUUCAGUGGCUCGAAGAAGGUGCCAGAAAAUUAAGGGAAGAUCUUGCUGAUGCCAGAGCUGAGCUUCAUGAAGAAAAAAAGUCUGCUAAAAUGGCAAGAAGAGAUAUUGAAAAAGCUGUUAAGAAAGCUCGUAAUCAAGAAGCUAAAAAGUAUCAAAAUAUUAUCGCCGAUUUAAGAGCAAGAUUAACUAAAAAUCCCUUUCAAGUGUCAUUGGAUAAUUCUACUAGUUUACAAAGCGAGCAAUCAAAAGAUGAUAAUCAGAGAUGUGAAAUAUUAGUUGCACGAAAACGUCGUGCGGAGCUUAAUCAAACGAUUGAAAAUCUCAAUUCAGAUUCAUCAGACUCUGAUGAUUGUACGAAAAGAAAACGAAAAUAUUCGAAUGAGGCUGAACUACGUACGAUUGAAUGCGAGAUUCGAAAUUCACAAAUGGUGAAUGAGGAACUUGAACAAAACUUACAGGUAAAAAAAUUUUUAUUUAGACAAAGAAAUCUUAAAUUUAGAAUCGAGUAUUUUAUCUGA